ACACACACACACACAGACUCUUGGGUACACACACAAAGACUCAUCUGUGCAUAAACUCAGACACACACACGCAGGCCCUCUGAGCAGGAUGAGGGAACCCUGGAGGUGCCUGCUGGGCCUGUGCCUCCUGGCAUGCUCAGCCUCCACCCACAGUGCCGCCAAUCCCUUCGCAGGGCAGCAGACCCCUCCAGACCCUUGCUAUGACGACACAGGCGCAGCCCGCCGCUGUAUCCCCGAGUUUAUUAACGCUGCCUUCGGCAAGGAGGUGACGGUGUCCAGCGUCUGUGGCCGGCCUCCGUCCCGUUCCUGCAGCGUGGUGGAGCGGGGCGAUGAUCGGCCUUCUGUGCGCUCGUGCCAGAUCUGUGAUGCAGCCGACCCUCGCCGUGCCCACCCUGCUUCCUACCUCACUGACCUCAACUCAGCCCACAACCUCACCUGCUGGCAGUCAGAGAAUCUGAACACUUCACCGCACAACGUGACUCUCACCCUUUCACUAGGUAAAAAGUUUGAGAUCACCUAUGUCAGCCUGCAGUUCUGUUCCCCCCGCCCCGAGUCCCUGGCCAUAUACAAGAGCAUGGACUACGGCAAGACCUGGAUGCCCUACCAGUUCUACUCCUCACAGUGCCGGCGUAUGUACAAUCGGCCCAACAAAGCAACCAUUACCAAGCAGAACGAACAGGAGGCGCUAUGCACAGAUGGCCACACUGACCUCUACCCGCUGUCUGGAGGACUCAUUGCUUUCAGCACUCUGGAUGGACGGCCCUCCGGCAAAGACUUUGACAACAGCCCUGUCCUUCAGGACUGGGUGACUGUCACCGACAUCCGCGUGGUCUUCAGCCGGCCCCAGCUACCCCGAGAGCUGGGACUGGGGGCUGGAAGCAACAGCGGAGGGAGGGACGACGACCCCAUGGCGGUGACAUCGACGCUGCCAACUUAUUUCUAUGCAGUGGGAGACUUUCAGGUGGGCGGGAGGUGUAAAUGCAACGGACAUGGCUCACGCUGUCUAAAAGACAAGGAAGGCAAACUGGUGUGUGACUGCAAGCACAACACAGAGGGACCUGAAUGUGACCGCUGCAAGCCCUUUCACUAUGACCGACCGUGGCAGAGGGCCAAUGCCCGCGAGGCCAAUGAGUGUCUGCCGUGCAACUGCAACCUCCACGCCCGCCGCUGUCGAUUCAACAUGGAGUUGUAUAAGCUGUCGGGGAGGAAGAGCGGAGGAGUCUGCAUGAACUGCCGCCACAACACCGCAGGCCGCCACUGCCACUACUGCAAGGAGGGCUUUUACAGAGACAUGGCCAGACCCAUCACUCACCGACGAGCCUGCAAAGCCUGUGACUGCCACCCUGUGGGCGCAGCAGGCAAGACGUGCAACCAGACCACAGGCCAGUGCCCCUGCAAGGACGGCGUCACCGGCAUCACCUGCAACCGCUGCGCCAAGGGCUACCAGCAGAGUCGCUCACCCGUGGCCCCCUGCAUCAAAAUCCCAGUGGUCAACCCCACAGCUGUGGUGAGCAGCACAGAGGAACCAGCAGAUUGCGAGUCCUAUUGUAAACCAGUGAAGGGCAACCUGAAGAUCAACAUGAAGAAAUAUUGCAAAAAGGAUUAUGCGGUGCAAGUGAACGUGCUUGACAUGGAGACGGUGGGGGACUGGGCCAAGUUCUCAGUUAAUUUGGUGUCUGUGUACAAGAGCCGCGGCGAGCCCCUGAAGCGAGGCGACAACAUCCUGUGGGUACACAUGAAGGACCUGGCCUGCAAAUGUCCCAAGAUCCAGAUGAGCAAACGAUUCUUGGUGAUGGGGGGCAGCGACGGCGGGACGGGCACUGGGACGGGUCCAGGGGUCGGGCCCGGGGGCGGAGCCACCAGUCCUGGGGCAGAGCGCGUGGGCUUAAUGGCUGAUAAGAACAGCCUGGUGAUCCAGUGGAGGGACGUUUGGACGAGACGCCUAAGGAAGUUCCAGCGCAAAGAGAAGAAGGGGAAGUGUAGCAAAGCAUGAUGGGAAAACAGCGUUCAUCCUUCCCUCUCCCUCCAUUCAUGAACCCUUACCCAGUGAUCUCCCUCUCCCCCCC